UUUUUUUUUUUAAUUUUUAGGGUUUAAGAAAGAGUCUAUUGUCUCGACCAGCUUAACGUCCCAAUUAUAAGCAUUUCCGAACGCGAGAGAAAGCAGACUCCACAAGAACUCCACGCUCCGAAAUCAUUUUUGGUCCGUGAACUUACCAAAUGAGAGGGUUUUGCAAAGGAAAGGGUAAUCGUGUAUUGCUGAGUUUAAUAUCUGCUCUUUCAAGUUCCGGUCCUCAACUUGAUUUCGUGCUUCUGUUUUCCAUGGUGUUUUUAUCAUAUAUGGCGUGCUAGAAAUGAACUUGUUCACCGUGAUGCUGAGUUUGAUUCUGCAAGAAUUAGUGCGGGCGGUUAUGGCGAGUUUUUCAGAGUUCUGGGGGGCGUUGUGUUCGACGAGCUUUUCCUCCGUGUGGCGUGCUGUCUGGCAGCCUUCUCCCUCGGAGUAGGUUGAGAUUCAAUUGUGCUUCUUCGUUCCGAGGAGAUAAAUUGGCUGUGGCAAGAGAUUCAUAUGUGGAGGAAGGUUCAUUCGGUAGUGCUAUGGCCGGAGAGGCAGCGGUGUUUUUCGACUCGCCGUUCAGUGUGCCCUCCGGCUUCGAAUUAACUCGGCAGAGUUUGGUGAUUUAGGGCUCGUUUGUUUUAUGCGUUUUUUAAACCAAUGAUUUUUAUUCUGCAAAAAAUUUGAAUUUUAAAAGGCGGAAUCAAGAAUCAAGCAUGAACUAAAAGGCCCACAUCAAGAUGCUGCUCAAUCAGAUUAGUUUAUGGAAAGUCUGAGAGGCCAAUUUUCUAGUUCAUAAUUUGGCUAAGUGAUGUCUUUCUUCUUGUCUGUAUGGUUGGAUUGUUUUCCUUCCUCCCGCCCUCCCCCUAGCUUUUUCUCUGUUUGUCAGGGGUGUGAUUGUGUGUUUUCUAUUGUUGCGGCUUGUUUCCUUGUUUUGGGUGUUUUCGUGCCCUGUUAAUGAAGUAUCUUUCAUAACUACUAAAAAAAAAAAAAAAAAAAAACAUGAAAGAAGUGAUAUGGCUAGACAAGUAAUUGUGCUUUCUUGAAGGACGUGAUUUUUAAAACCUUUUGUAAUAAAGAUUUUAUUGUCUUUAAAUUGAGUAAAUGGGUAUAAGCAAUUCCUGGUGGGACUUAAAUUGUGUUUACUUGUUUUACAUUUUCAUUCAUCUUCUUUGAAGGCUGUUAUUGAAUGUUCUUGGCAUGCUACUUGUUAAUUGAUGUGCACAAUAUUUUUCAGCAACAAGAAAUGAGUGGCAAGGGAGUACUGGAGCAUACUCUAAAGGAAAUACUGGUUGUGCUUAAACCCAUCAGUAAUGAUUGGCUGGCACGGUUUCAAAUCAUCAAUGAGAUACGGGGAGUUGUAGGAUCUCUGGAAAGCUUGAAAGGUGCAAGUGCAACCGUGGAGCCAUUUGGAUCAUUUUUGACUAACCUCUUUACACGCCGGGGAGACUUGGAUAUUUCUAUUGAAAUAAACAACGGUUUACUUGUUCCGUCUUCUGGAAAGUUGCGCAAACUGAUAGUGCUUAGAGAUCUGAUGAAAACCAUGAGAGAAAGAGGAGGGUGGAAUAAGUUUCAAUUCGUCCCCAGUGCAAGAAUUCCCGUUUUAAAAGUUGAAAGCAAUAUCCGGAAUAUCAUUUGUGACAUUUCAGUUGACAAUCUGCGAGGCCAAAUGAAGUGCAAAAUUGUGCGUUGGAUCUGUGAAAUAGAUCCGCGCUUCCGUGAUAUGAUUUUGCUGGUAAAAGAAUGGGCCAAAGUACACAAUAUUAAUGAUUCAAAAGCCGGGACUCUCAGUUCGUACUCUCUCACUUUGCUUGUGAUCUUCCAUUUUCAGACGUGUCAACCUCCAAUUUUUCCACCUCUGAAGGAUAUAUUUCCGGGAAAUGUUUCUGAUUAUCUUACAGGUUUGAGGGCCGAUACAGAGAGGCAUAUUGCUGAGACUUGUGCUGAAAACAUAUUCAAGUUCAAGUCAGACAGACAGAGAGCAGUUAACCAAAGUUCUUUAUCUGAACUUUACAUUUCGUUCUUUGCAAAGUUUUCAGACAUACGCUCAUGGGCCUCAGAGUUUAUGAUUUGUCCACACACGGGGCAGUGGGAAAAUAGAAAAGGCAAUCGUAAAUGGUUGCAUGAAACUUCUGAAAUACUCAUUGAGGAUCCUUUAGCACGGUCAGAAAAUAGUGCAGGGGGUGUUAAAAUAGGCCAAUUGAUAAGGAUAUCCGAAGCAUUUGAAUCAACUCGUGACAGGUUCAUGUCAGCUAAUUUAAAACCGAGUUCCAUACUUGACAUGCUAGUCCAACAGCAAACCUUCCAAUCCGUGGAUCCAAGACACAACGCCAGUGGAUAUCAGCCAUCUCGUCCGCAGCGGCAAACGACCGACCUGAGUUCCAUACUUGACAUACUAGUCCGACAGCAAAUAUUCCAAUCGGUGGAACCAAGACACAACACCGGUGGAUAUCAGCCAUCUCAUCCGCAGUGGCAAACGACCGAGGACUUGUACUUGCGUAAUGCAUGGAGCAUUGGUGGCAACUACCAACCCUCACAGCCACACGCAGGGCAAAUGGACACCCAAGUUCAAUCUCUGUUGCAGGACAAGAUUUUACAAAGCCUUUACUGCGAUUCAACCACAGCAGGACCUUGUGUUCCAACGUAUCAUGAUCAAGCCAGCAAAUGUGAAGACCAAGAUCUGGGAGAUGGCACUUGUUACGGGUUGUCGCGGAUUAAAUAGUAUAUUUGCUGUCUGUUUUAUUGAAGAGCAAAGUAGCACAAAAAAAUGGCUUAUGCAAUUAUGUUAAUUUAGGCGAAGAACAAGGGCUCGAUGGGUCGAUCUUACAUCUCAUAGAGAGGACUGCAACCAGAAAUGACAAAGGAAAGGGACAACUAACUUUACAGCUUACAGGAAUAGGAAAAAUUUAGCUUGGGUUAGGCAGUUUUAAGUCUCGCGGGUUCGAGUUGAGAACUUGAGUUGAAAGUGAAUUUAUGAGAGAAUAUUGUUGCAAAAAAGUAAAAUUUAUAUUUUUGUGGAAGAAAACCUGUAGUAAAAAAUUUUGAGUUGUAAUUCAAAUUGUGAAACGAACGUGCCUUUAGUUUUGCUAGAAUUUAUGGGGGGCUCUGAUUAUUAUAUCCCUGGAUAUUCCUUUAUCCAGAUGGAUGGUGUUACUUGUUGGACUUGGCACAUUUGAGCAAGACCUCCAAAUUACAGUAAAAGAACUGAGGGGAUCUUUGGCAAAUCACAACUGUGGGGUUGUGAAAUUAAUCUGGGGGAAAAAAAGUAGUGU